AUACAAACAUGUUAUUCAUAUUUUGUUUCUGUAAUAUUUUGUAGACUGGAUAUAACACCGAUGGAUCCUAGAUGGGUAGGUGCAUGGUGGAUCCCUUUCUUGAUCAGUGGGGCCGCAAUGUUUAUUAUUGCUAUACCCAUAUUUGGAUAUCCAAAACGUCUUCCAGGUAGUCUGGCAAUACAACAACAAAGAAAAUCGGAGACUUCAAAACAUGCGAAUGACGAACUUCAGCAGAACUUUGGGAAAAAUUGGAGAAAUUUUCCACGGGCAAUGUUUAAUCUGAUCAGAAACCCAACAUUUUUGUUUCUCUCGCUCAGCGCAUGCGUAGAGGGGAUGAUCAUCAGCGGUGUUGCUACAUUUGGCGCCAAAUUUCUGCAAGAAAAAUUUAACCUACCUGCUGCAUUUGCUAGUUUUAUUAUGGGUAUUAUUACGGUACCAGGUGCUGGCGGAGGAAUGCUGCUGGGAGGAUUCAUUGUGAAAAAGAGAAAAUUGAAGUGUAAAGGAAUUAUUAGAAUGAAUAUGAUUGCUGCGUUUCUGGGUAUAGUGCUUGGCUGCGUGUUCUUGCUGCAGUGCCCAGCACAGAAUAUAGCCGGUGUCACAUCUGAGUACAUCACGGUAAACUCAUAUAAUGGCCCAGUUAACUUGGAUCACCAGUGUAACACUGAAUGCGCAUGCUCGGGCGCGACUUACGAGCCGGUGUGUGGAAUGGAUACCAGUAUUUAUUUCACACCUUGCCAUGCUGGAUGUAACGAAGAAUUUGUCUUUAUGGAAGGUCCAAUGGGGCCUUUUAAAAUGUAUACCAACUGUAGUUGCGUAGCAGCCAGUAUAAUGUAUAAUCUGAAUCUCACAAUGCAACACGAGAUCACCAUGACAACGCCAACGACAACGCCAGUUUCUGUAACGACGGAGGGAAUGUCUGCAAAUACAACAGGGCCACCUUUAGGAGCGUACCAAGGUAUUUGUAUGUCUGACUGCAAGCUACUUUAUGUUGUUGCUCCGCUGUUGUUUUUUGGUAUGCUGGUCACCUUCAUGACAUGUUCUCCCACACAGACUGCCACUAUGAGAUGUGUUCAAGGACACCAAAGAUCAUUGGCAAUAGGAUUUCAAUGGCUUUUACUCAGAUUAUUAGGAACAACACCAGGGCCUCUCAUGUUAGGGUCUAUUAUGGACAGUGCGUGUCAUGUAUGGCAAGAUAUCUGUGGCACAACCGGAAAUUGCUGGAUCUAUGAGAAGACAAGCAUGGGAAUUAAGCUAUUUGUUUGGUGGAUAACUGUGAAAAUAGCGGCCCUGGCAUUUUACUUUGCCGCUCAGUACUUUUACAAACCUCUUGAUGAGGUUUCAGAUGAUGAAGCUGAAACCGACGAGGGAACUAUGAAUACGGUUGAGAGUGAAAGUGACGAGAAAAAAGAUUUAAACUUUUUGGAUGUGGUUGAGUGUAAAGAAUCUGUAAUCUGAAAUUUCUAGUUAUUAAUGUAAGUGGUAUGGUGUGCGCAUGCGCAUAGGGACAGUGUACAAGGCUUACUUUGACAGAGCCGAAAAUUGUUUCGCUGCUUGACAAUUGUAAAACGUUCGACACCGCAUAAAGGCGUGGUCAAACCAGUAUUCGGUUGUUCCUUGUCGAACUGUAUGAAAAACAAGCGAAGACCCAGCCAUUUGUACCGAUGUAUUCCAUUGACUGA